UUAGAGCAUCAAUUGCCAAGCAUUCUGCAUAUCUUGGUGAAACUAAUUGUGCCGGAACGUUAUCGACGAGGAGCACCCAUUGCAGUCGCAUUGCCGUCAGAGUGCAACCACGAAUGCUGCUCAAGCGCAAUCGCUGCGUUAGGGACUUGACGCUUUGGACACCUCUGAAAUAUGGGAGACUCGUCUCAGUCAAGUUUAUUGCUAUGCCGGCACCUCAUGUAAACCGUAUUAGAGAGGUGUUCAUGGGACUGUGCAUAUUACGAGAAUCAAUGAUCGCGUUGUUUUGGAAGUUUUUGAGCAUGAUGAUGAUUGUUUUCUUGUCCCACAUCGUGUUUACCACUUGGCUGACCUUGCACAAUUUCCCCACCAUUUGCCAUCUUCAGCGCACGAUUAGUUCUCGCUUCUGUGAUCUUCAAUCCUCUACAAAUGAUGAUCACAUAUUUUUGACUAUUGUUUUAUACACCAACCCAUGGGACUACCCCUAUUCGUAUUUUCCCUGGUAACUGCGAAUGAUGGCCUUUCGUUGUCUCGAGUCUGGCGACUAAUAUGACAACGACGAGCACUCACAUGUACUUAGUGGUACGUAUCACACGUUGAUGAAGUUGUUUGAGAAAGAGCGGAUAGCCAACUCCAUUUCUUAGGCGAGAUCCUGUGGAGCACACUUUCCAGGAGCCAAUCACAUGCAUCGA